CGCCGUUUCAAACAUGCGAUAUCAUCUUUCCCUCGCCGUCCUCUCCCUUCUGGGAGCCACCAGCGUGGCCACCGCCGACAGGCGGCCUUGCGGCUUCAAGAUCGCUCCUUGCCCGACCGGCGAGAUCUGCCAGAAAGUCGACCCCGGCUGCGACCGCGGCGAGAACUGUCAGGGCUACUGCGUGCCCGCCGCCACCCCCACCACCCUGGUGACCAAGACGACCGCGAGCCCGCCCGAGCCGACCUAUCAGUUCUGCGGUGGCUUCGCCAACAUUCAAUGCGAGAACGAGAAUCACGUCUGCAUCGACGCGCCGGACGACAACUGCGACCCCCGAAACGGCGGUGCUGACUGCGGCGGCAUCUGCGUCGAGCCCGUCUUCUGUGGGGGGAUCGCCGGCUUGCAAUGCCCCGACGGCAAGCGAUGUAUCGAUGAUCCCCGGGACAGAUGCGACCCCAAGAACGGCGGCGCCGACUGCGGCGGUAUUUGCGUCUAGCUCGGUAGCAGCGCCGGCGGAAACUCCCAAAGACGACGUGCCUGGCAUCGCUCAGCGGUUACAGCAGCGCCCUUGGGACGGGGUGUUGGGGCUCUUUUUGCUGAAACACGAGACCCUAGCCUCAUACCUACCUACAUAACGUGAGUUUUGUAUAUAUGUACUACAUGUACAUACCUGGCACAUAAAGGGGGUUACAUCACAGAAGCAAAACAUGCAAGAUUUCUUGUGAUACUCCCAUUGUCCCUGUUAUUUUGUACGUCAAGAUGUGUCUGGCAAG